AUGCUACGCACAGUGAAGCCGAAAAAUGCGCGCUCAAAGAGGGCACUCGAGGCUCGCGAGCCCAAGGAAGUGGAGGAUCAACGCAAGGCGAUAUUUGUUCAUGGAAUGAAGACUGGAGAAGUAGUAGACAGACUUAUGAAAGAGCUGAUGGCACUCAAGCAACCCCAUGCAAUCUCAUUUUCACAAAAAAAUGCCAUUCGACCGUUUGAGGAUGCAUCCUCACUCGAGUUUUGGGCUCACAAGAACGAUGCAUCUAUGUUCAUGAUCGGUCAGUCAACAAAAAAGAGGCCAGCUGGCAUUGUUAUCGCGCGGACGUUCGACUCAAAAUUAUUGGACAUGUGCGAACUCGGCGUAGAAAGAUUCGUGAGUUUAUCUGAAUUCAAGACACCAAAAUCAACGCCAGGACACAAACCAAUGCUUCAUUUCGCGUCCGAGCUCUUCGAUACCCACCCGCGGUAUAUGCAACUGAAAUCUCUCCUUAUGGAUCUUUUCAACGGCGAAGUUAUUGAUUCGAUAUGUCUUCCUGGGCUGGAACACGUCAUUAGCAUCACUGUCGCACCUUCAAAAGCAUCACAGACGAGCUCCGCUCUCUCUGAUGGUACAACACAUGAAGAUUCUAAAAAUCUGCCAAACGUGCAUCUACGGACGUACACCGUGAAACUCACGCCCUCUGGAGCGCGGGUACCCCGAGUCCAGCUCACGGAGAUGGGCCCUUUUGUUGAUUUCUCGCUCCGUCGACACCAAGAAGCGGAUCCGGAUAUGUUGAAAGCGGCCCUGAAGAGACCCAAGUUGAAGAAACAAGAUAUCGAAAAAGGACUGGGGAAAAAGAAAAAGAAUUUGGAGGUCGACGAGAUGGGCGACUUGAGGGGGCGUAUCCAUGUUGCAAAACAAGAUCUCAACAAGUUACAGACGCGAAAGAUGAAAGGACUAAAAGAAAAAUCCGGCGAAGGGGAUGGAGAUGUGAGCAUGAGUACGGAUGAAUCGGAAGUCGAGGAUGCCUCGCCGCCGAAGAGACAAAAAAGAGCUUGA